GGCGAGGGGGGGGCGGGGGGUGGAAAAUGCUGCAAAAUCUGGGGAAAUGCGCGCGGCAUUUGGUCGUCAGUGAAAAAUCCAACCUCAGGAACAGCAAGUCCAGGCACCGCAAACAUGUGGAGACUCAUCACUUUAACUACAAGGUCUCCAUUUUAAUACCAGAAUGUGGAAUGAUGCCACCAGGAGUCACUGCUGUCUGCAGAACUUUAGGAGACUAUUAUCUGGUGAAGCAGUUGCCACUUUGUGAAAUGCUUGAGCCUGAAUUCAUCAACAAAUUUGUUAGGAAAGGCUGUCUUUACGUACUUUCAUACAACACCAGAAUAGAUCAAGACAACUGUAUCGCUCUACUGCCAACAGGGAAGCUAAUUUUAUCAGUUGACAAGGAUACAUAUGAGGAGCUUGGCCUAGAAGGACAGCCAUCCAUGUAUUCACACAAGACAGCAGUGAGAUACAAUAUUACUGUCCACUUGCGUGAUGCUGCAUUUGUUCCUGGGGAGAAAAGAUAUAACCGAGUAAUGUGGGCGUUGAAAGAGAAAAAGCCUUUAACCUUUGACUUUUUGAUGACCUGGCAUCCCUCAGGCGGAGAAGAAGCCUCUUUGGUAUCAUAUUUCAUGGACUAUGAAUGCAAGCUUUACCAGCCUACAGUAUCAACCAGGAUAUUAAACAGCAUUGACUGUCCAGUUCUGCUGAGUAAGGAAUUGAAAGGGAAGGACAAUGAAUCCUGCAACUCUCAGGAAUUCCUUGAAUGGCUUGGUGCAGUCUUCAGUAAUAUUGAUUGCAAUAAUCAAGCAGACAGCUUUCUCUCUACCUACUGCUGCCCUUGGCCCAGCACAGUCCUGGAUAAAGCAUGCCUUUGUACUAUUUCUGGCUUUAUAAUUCCUGAAGGGAUAAAUUUGAUACUGGACCAACUUCGAUUCUAUUUUGAGGAACCCAAGCUGGCCCAGUGGGUUAGUAUGACAGUACAUGGCUUUGCAGACAGCCCAGUUUCCUGGGGAGAAAGUGAACAUGGAUACCACAAAGGGGGAGAGAACCUCUACAAUUUUGUUCUGUUCAAUAACCAGGAUUACUGGCUCCACAUGGCUGUGGGAACAAACAGUUGCUGCCCACCAUAGCAUUAUAACUGCCAUGUGCUUCCUGAGGAGUUGAAGAACUGCAGCACCGGACACUCGUGAAUUAAGAAAUUCUUUGUUGUAACCGAUAAUUGAGGCCACUUUAUACCUCAGAUGCAGAAACACCUUCAACUGGGGGAAAAAAAGGCUGGUUUUAAAUUGUUGGAAAGUUCAUUAAAAAUGUGCACCAUAGUGACUAUCA